CUUUCUUCGCGUUGGGAGAGAGAAGAUAAAGACUGGCGAGAAAGCUUCGCGCAGCAACCGCAUUUCCACCACACUACACUUCACUCGCCAUUGAGUCGCGACUUUACCGGUGGACUCGACACGCCAAAAGUUCUUCCCUGCCCAGCUCGACCAGAGCUCGCGCAAGCUCGACCACCGCGAACUACCCACCUCCACCUCACACCUAAAUACCUCCAGAGUUUGAAGAGAUGGCGCUUUUUGGAUCAGCUGCACCGGCUGCGGCGAGCACUACCACAGGCGAUACCAGCAAGGAUGUUGAGGUGCAGCAGAGCCAGCUCCCGUCGGACAGCAUUCAGGACCUUCAAUUCUCGCCCACAAACGACUUCCUCGCGGUAGGCAGUUGGGAUAAGAAAGUGUACAUCUACGAGGUCGCAGGAAAUGGCGCGAACGGCAAGUGGCUGUUUGAGUGCCAGGGCCACGUCUUGGGCGUCGGCUGGUCAAAGGACGGCACGCGGGUAGCGGCAGGCGACUCUACCGGCCACCUCAACAUCGUAGACUUCCGUAACGUCGCUGCCAGCGGCCAAGUACAAGCACAGCAAGCCAAAGCCCACGAUGAAGCCAUCAAGUGCGUGCGCUGGUUUCAGACCGGCGGUCAGGACUACGUCGCAACGGGCUCGUGGGACAAGACAGUCAAGUUCUGGGACCUGAAGGGCGCGCAACCAGUUGGCACACUCACGUGCCAGGACCGCGUCUACAGCAUGGACAUCAAGGACCAGCUGCUUGUUGUUGCGACCGCCGACCGACACAUCAACAUGAUUAACCUGAACGAGCCCACCAAGAUCUACAAGACCAUCGUCAGCCCGCUUAAGUGGCAGACACGCGUGGUCAGCUGCUUCACCGACGCUUCGGGUUUCGCUGUCGGCAGUAUCGAGGGUCGGUGUGCGAUUCAGUACGUCGAAGACAAGGACACCAGCCUCAACUUCUCCUUCAAGUGCCACCGCCAACAAGACCCCACCCAGCGCGACGUCGCAAAGGUCUAUUCCGUGAACGCCAUCUCCUUCCACCCGCAGCACGGCACAUUCAGCACCGCCGGCUCAGACGGUACCUUCCACUUCUGGGACAAGGACGCCAAGCACCGUCUCAAGGGCUAUCCCGAGGUUGGCGGCUCCAUCACAGCAACCGCUUUCUCGAGAAAUGGAGACAUCUUCGCCUACGCAGUCAGCUACGACUGGAGCAAGGGCUUCAGCGGGAACACACCCCAGUAUCCGAUCAAGCUGAAGCUGCACCCGGUGAUUGGAGAUGAGUGCAAGCCCAGGCCAGGGACGAAGAAGAGGUAGACCUGAGAUAUAGACUCGGGUCAUCCCUCUCUUUGUGCAUGUUUCCUGUUUGACCUAGUGCUGAUGUAGAUCUUGCUGAAGUGAUGAACAUUUGAAUAUCGCACGAAGAGCGACAGUAUCAGCGCAGGUUUCGUCCUCGGAGCCACCUCGUGGCACAACGUAUAGCAGAGCGCAGGGUUUGCAGCUCUUUCGACGGAAUGGGGGAGAGCAAUGGGGUGUUUGAUUGUAUUGCAUUAGCGUUAUACGGCGGAUUGGCGUAAAAGGAUCGCCUGCGGGUGAUGGGAUAGGAAAGAAAGUAUCAAAGUCAUACGCAUCACAUCUUUCAUCACUCACGUUGAUUUCAC